CCCAAAACCAGAGGUGCUAAAAGCCGCACUGAAAGGUCGGUCAAUAUUUGUGCACGGAAGAUGUGUGCGCCAAUGGCUAUCUGCCUGGAGUCUGGCUGAGGUCAUGGCAGGUGGUUUAGCCUGACAGGUCUCCGUCUUGCCUCCGUACAGCAGCUAGCUCACAUCAGCGUGCGACUUCCUGCUUCCACGAGCCUCGUUGGACCCGAAGUCUCCUGGAGCUAACUGACGCGGUCAUCCAGUGAGCGCGUGCCACGCUGCUGCAACUCAGCUGAAGAUGGACUGAUAACAUCAUCCAGGACCCCCAUUCUUGACGCGUUCUUCGGCCCCUCGGGCAGCAGGGACGAAGAUGCCUGUGUGGCGCCUCCUCUCACCCUUCCGUACCCGCCAGGAACGCGUGGUCCUAACACGCAGCGAGAGCAUGUUGGGCGAGCAGGUGCUUAAGAUCACGGUCACGGAGACCACAGUGAUCGAGGCAGAGUCGGGGGUGAGGAACUGGCGCUCCAUGGUUUACCUGGGUCUCUGGUACUUCCUCAGCUUCUGCACUCUUUUCCUUAAUAAGUACAUCCUGUCGCUGCUUCAGGGAGAGCCGAGCAUGCUGGGUGCUGUACAGAUGGUCUCCACGACGCUCAUUGGCUGCCUGAAGAUGUUCGUGCCCUGCUGCUUGUAUCAGCACAAGUCCCGGACAGAGUAUCCGCCCAACUUCAUCAUGAUCAUGCUAUUCGUCGGUCUCAUAAGGUUCACAACGGUGGUUCUGGGCUUGGUGAGUCUGAAGAAUGUGGCGGUCUCCUUCGCAGAGACGGUGAAGAGCUCCGCGCCAAUCUUCACUGUCAUCAUGUCCCGACUGAUCCUUGGCGAGUACACUGGUUUGUGGGUCAACCUCUCUCUGUUCCCCGUGAUGGGCGGCCUGGCUCUGUGCACCGCCACCGAGGUCAGCUUCAACACGCUGGGCUUCUCAGCCGCCCUCUCCACCAACAUCAUGGACUGUUUACAGAAUGUCAUAUCCAAAAAACUGCUGAGUGGUGACAAGUACAAGUUCAGUCCUCCAGAGCUGCAGUUCUACACCAGCGCCGCGGCAGUCAUCAUGCUCAUUCCAGCCUGGGCCUUCCUGCUGGACCUACCGGAGACCGACAAGAGCGGACAGACGUUCAUCUACAGUCAGGACAUUAUCCUGCUGCUGCUUUUCGACGGCAUUCUCUUCCACCUGCAGAGCGUCACGGCGUACGCGCUGAUGGGCCGGAUCUCCCCAGUUACCUUCAGUGUUGCCAGCACCGUCAAACACGCUCUGUCCGUGUGGCUCAGCAUCAUCGUAUUCAGCAACCCCAUCACCCUCCUCAGCGCCACCGGCACCGCGCUGGUGUUCAUCGGCGUCUUCCUGUACAACAAGGCCAGGCAGAUCCAGAGAGAGACACUACAGGCCAUGGCAGCGGAUGAGAACCACAAGCCUCUGCUGCAGGACCAGCACUUCCAAAGCUCCCAGCCCCACUGAACAACAAACCACCACGGGGCUCCAGCUUCACUGUUACACUUGUGGUUUUGUAUUUCAUGAUCUCAGCUAAAGGACCAAUUUUUGUGGACGUAUUUUCACCCGUGGAAAAGGAGUGUCUUGCGAAGACCGACUCAUGACUUGCUCUUAAGCUUCGUUCUCUUAAACUCAGGGUCUCCUUCAGUUUCGGUGUCUUAUUUUGAUAUCCCAGGUUCCUGUGUGGUACAGCAGAAUGUAUUUGUGUCAGUCACUGCUACGUUUCAAGGACAACAAAACCGCAGGAGCAGCUUGAGAGAUCCUCCUGUGUUUGAAACACGCUGCAUUCUAGGAAUGCUCCGCCCCAGGCUGAACUGUUGAUUCCAACAGAAUCUGCACUUGCAAGUGUUUUAUUUUGAUGACAUGGUAGCGGCUUUAAACAGCUUGUGCGUCUCUUCCUCCAGCAUUUAAAUGUGUCUUGAAAUUGACCAUUUUUGGAUUCAGUCAUUUUAAAAAAAUGAAAUGAAAUCGAAUAAACGUUUUUGUCAUGAACAGGAAGUGAA